UCGCAGUGAGCACGAAAGAGGCCUGUGUUAUGUGUGUUCGUGUCAACAAUUUAUCGUGAUGUUUCGGCACUAAUCAAAACAAGAAAAAAUCCACGAUCGAAUACGAACUGAGAGGACUUUUUUAAACUUUUUUUUUCUCCGUUUUAUUUUUUUAUAUACUUUUUAUCUGUGCUGAAAAGGAUUUCGUCGGGACCACUAUCAAGAACUGACUUCUGAUUGAAGUCGCUUUUGCAAAUCGACCAGGCGCUUACACACGCUGAAUCAUGGAUCUAGCUCAUACUAAAACAUAUCAAGAAACGUUAGACUAUUUUAACACAGACCCUGAUAAAGGUCUUUCACUUGACCAAGUGAAGAAAUAUCAAGAAAAAUAUGGCCCAAACGAACUUCCCGCCGAAGAAGGCAAGUCCCUACUACAGCUUAUUUUGGAACAGUUUGAUGAUCUCUUAGUAAAAAUCUUACUUUUAGCAGCCAUCAUUUCAUUUGUAUUAGCUUUAUUUGAGGAACAUGAAGACGAGAGCUCUAAGGUCACAGCUUUCGUCGAGCCUUUUGUCAUUCUUCUCAUUCUCAUCGCUAACGCUAUUGUCGGUGUAUGGCAGGAGAGGAAUGCCGAAAGUGCGAUUGAAGCCUUAAAAGAAUACGAACCAGAAAUGGGCAAAGUGGUCAGGCUAGAUAAAGCUGGUGUUCAAAAAAUUAAAGCCAGGGAAAUCGUGCCUGGUGACAUUGUUGAAAUUUCCGUCGGAGACAAAGUUCCAGCCGACAUUAGGUUAAUGAAAAUUUAUUCCACUACUCUGAGGGUUGAUCAGUCCAUUUUGACUGGUGAAUCUGUUUCCGUCAUCAAGCACACAGACCCCAUUCCAGAUCCCAGGGCUGUCAAUCAAGACAAGAAAAAUCUCCUUUUCUCAGGUACCAAUAUUGCCGCCGGCAAGGCUCGUGGUAUUGUUAUUGGAACUGGCUUGGACACUGCUAUUGGUAAGAUCAGGACUGAGAUGACAGAGACCGAGGAAGUGAAGACCCCUCUUCAACAAAAGCUUGACGAGUUCGGUGAGCAGCUGUCCAAGGUCAUUUCCAUCAUCUGCGUCGCUGUCUGGGCCAUCAACAUCGGACACUUCAACGAUCCCGCUCACGGAGGAUCAUGGAUUAAGGGUGCUGUAUACUACUUCAAGAUUGCUGUAGCCCUGGCUGUAGCUGCCAUUCCAGAGGGUCUGCCAGCUGUCAUCACAACUUGCUUAGCUUUAGGUACCCGGCGUAUGGCCAAGAAAAAUGCCAUUGUGAGGUCUCUUCCCUCUGUAGAAACCCUAGGUUGCACAUCUGUCAUUUGCUCUGACAAGACUGGCACACUCACCACCAACCAGAUGUCUGUCAGCAGGUUUUUCAUUGUUGAAAAGGCUGAUGACCCCAAAUUCUUUGAAUUUGAAGCUACUGGAUCAACUUAUGAACCCAUUGGCGAUGUCUUCAUUAAUGGAGCCAAGGCUAAGACCUCUGACUAUGAAGCUUUGUAUGAGUUGGCCACUAUUUGCUCCUUGUGCAAUGAUUCCAGCAUCGAUUUCAAUGAGUACAAACAAGCCUUCGAAAAAGUAGGUGAAGCUACUGAGACUGCCUUGAUUGUUUUGGCCGAGAAACUGAACCCAUGGAAUUUCGAUAAGAGUGGCAAAUCCAGACGCGAUGCUGCCCUCACCGUCAACCAUGGAAUCCAGAGCAUGUGGAAGAAGGAAUUCACUCUUGAAUUCUCAAGAGAUCGCAAAUCCAUGAGCUCCUAUUGCAUCCCCACCAAGGUCUCUCGACUCGGAUCUGGACCAAAGAUGUUCGUCAAGGGUGCCCCUGAGGGAGUGUUGGACAGGUGCAGCCACGUUCGUGUUGGAAACACCAAAGUACCAAUGACAUCUGCCAUGAUGAAUAAAAUUAUUGACACCACUAAAAUUUAUGGUACUGGACGCGACACUCUGCGAUGCUUGGCUCUUGCUACCAUCGACAAUCCACCCAAAAUUGAGGAAAUGGACUUGGCUGAUUCCACCAAAUUCAUUAACUAUGAGGUCAACAUGACUUUCGUUGGAGUUGUUGGUAUGUUGGAUCCACCAAGGAAAGAGGUCUUUGAUUCCAUUGUGCGAUGCAGGGCCGCUGGUAUCCGUGUCAUUGUCAUCACCGGUGACAACAAGGCUACAGCUGAAGCUAUUUGCCGAAGGAUUGGUGUAUUUGGAGAAGAUGAAGAUACUACUGGUAUGUCUUUCUCUGGAAGGGAAUUUGACGAUCUGCCCUUAAGUGAACAGAGGAAAGCAGUACAGAGAUCCAGGUUAUUCUCCAGGGUCGAGCCUUCUCACAAAAGCAAAAUCGUCGAAUUUUUGCAAGCUGAUGGUGAAAUUUCAGCUAUGACUGGUGAUGGUGUCAAUGAUGCUCCUGCCCUUAAGAAAGCCGAAAUCGGGAUUGCUAUGGGAUCUGGAACCGCCGUUGCCAAGUCUGCUUCUGAGAUGGUGUUGGCCGAUGACAACUUCUCCACCAUCGUCGCCGCCGUUGAAGAAGGCCGAGCCAUCUACAACAACAUGAAACAGUUCAUCCGAUACCUGAUCUCUUCCAACGUCGGUGAAGUCGUCAGUAUCUUCUUGACCGCCGCUCUUGGUUUGCCUGAAGCUCUCAUUCCAGUACAACUCUUGUGGGUCAACUUGGUAACUGAUGGUCUUCCAGCUACCGCCUUGGGCUUCAAUCCUCCAGAUUUGGACAUCAUGGACAGGCCACCAAGGAAGGCUGACGAAGGUCUCAUCACCGGAUGGUUGUUCUUCAGGUACAUGGCCAUUGGAGGAUAUGUCGGAAUGGCCACUGUCGGUGCCUCCACCUGGUGGUUUAUGUACUCACCCGAAGGUCCUCAUCUCACUUACUGGCAGCUGACUCACCAUCUCACCUGCUUCACCGAACCCGAGAAGUUUAGCGGCUACGAGUGCUCGAUCUUCAAGGAUCCUCACCCCAUGACUAUGGCUCUGUCCGUAUUGGUCACCAUUGAGAUGUUGAACGCCAUGAACAGCUUAUCUGAAAAUCAGUCCUUGACUGUGAUGCCACCUUGGAUCAACAUGUGGUUGUUGGCAGCCAUGGCCCUCUCCAUGACUCUUCACUUCGUCAUUUUGUACAUUGACAUCUUGUCUUCUGUAUUUUCCGUAACACCUCUUAAUGUGGAGGAGUGGUUUGCUGUGAUGAAAAUGUCCAUACCAGUCGUUCUACUGGACGAAGUCCUGAAGUUCGUCGCCAGGAAAUACAUUGAUGUUAACCCCAACAAAGACGACAAGAAGAAGCACUAAGCUGCUUGUACUUGCCUCCACCAUUCAUUUUCUAGAUUUUACUGUUGACCCUGUAAAAAAGUAUAUCUAUGCACAAUUCAGAGAGAAGAUGUAUCCACAAAGUUUUUCAAGUGUUCUGUUGUGCUGACUUCUACGGAAGGCCUCGACUCCGGAGGAAUAUACUGAAGCGCAUUCAAUCUUUUUUGUCAUUUCUCCCCUUCUAAUUCGAGAUUAAAAUUUCUGCAACUGGAGUUCUACCGAUCUUUGUGAGGCUUCCUCCCUAUUUAUUGCCUUGCAUCAGUUCUUUCAAAGCUCUUGGAGAUUGUCGAUGCCGUCCACAAAGUAAAAGCCGUACUAUGGGGCCUUGUCGUCCAGGACAAUUUGGAUUGUGAUACUAGAACCGGCUUCGUAAUGGCCUCGUCAGCGUCCAAGGAGCCAAAUAUACUCUGCAUGAUUGUCGUGAAAACUAUAUUAAAAAACUUUGUAUUUUUUUCUCUGAGUAUUAUCUGGUCAAGCAAAAAAUUAUAUUGCAGAGAGGUGCCUGAUUCUCUCAAAUUUGAGUGUUUUCUUUUUCCUAGAGCAUAUUUAGAUAGAGUUUCAGGGUUUAAUUUUUUUAUUAAAAAAUCAUUGUACAGUGAUGUUAUAAAAAGAUUGUUACUAGUAACAAAUCCUUGGCAUUUAGAUCCUAGAUUAGUUUGUGUAAAUCACUUUGUGAAAUAAAUUAAAAAAAGAAAAAAAACUCAAUUUCGUGGAAUGUACGGUGAGUGUUUCGUCUUCGAGUUUGAUUAGUCGUGAUUCGAAGAAUUAAACAGUAUUUAAGUUGAAGGAUAUCAUUAAAUUAUUUACAAUUUGCUCAUUAGUGUUGAAAACGAAGAGAUAUUUUAAGAUUUUAAUGAAAUUUACAAAGGUUAUGAUGUAAUUUUUCUCACUGUUAUACAUGAAGCAUCACCCAUGGGGGAAAAACCCCGACAUCAAAGUUUCUAAAUAAGUGCUUUGCGCCAAAUAUCAACAACGAAGUGCUCAAUGUUUAGAGAGGACAAAAUCGACAAGACACUCUACAUCCACGGCCUCGUUCUGGACUUGGCCGGCGAGUAGCCGCUUCGGAAGCGGCGUCAGCUUUCUGCGUCAUUGGCUCAAGUGAGGUGACGUACAGAUGACGUCAUUUUCGAAUGGUCACCUGCCUGUCGUGUUGGGAAUGGGGCUGCCAAUCGGCUGAGAAUCACCCGUACGGUUUUCUUCAAAAUCAUCCCUCUGUGGAAUCACCGGUGAUGAUCCCGAUGGCCCGACAAGUUGUUCGAUGUCAACGGGACUGCUCUCAUCGACUGCCUGAACUGAACGUCCCGUCAUCCUACCUACUUGCACAAAGUCCUCUUUCCUGUGGCUGUCACCGAAGCCCGUGAUCAAAUUUUGUACAUUAAUCCCUGUACAGUAGAAAUACAUUAAAAUUAUACAUAUGAUCGUCA